CGUCUGCAGGUGAACUGGUCCCGGUGCCGAGCAAGUCCUUGUACGCAGUCGGGAACCGGGAGAAAUAAUGUGGCUGAUCGUGUUGGCCAGCUUCCUUCACUGCGCCUCGGCCUACGAUGUGGAUCUGAAGAAACUGGACGGGCUGGCGAAAGCUAGGGUGGAGACGUGUGGUGGAUGACAGCUGAACAGGCUCAGAGAGGUCAAAGCCUUCGUGGUCCAGGAUAUUCCUCUUUACCAUAACCUGGUGAUGAAGCACAUACCUGGGGCCGACCCUGAGCUUGUCCUCCUUAACCACUAUUAUGAAGAACUGGAUCGGAUCGCCUUGUCUGACAUGACCCGCUCAGAGAUCAAUGAGCUGCUGGGGAAACUGGGAUUCUACAAGAAGGCUCAAGCUGAGGACGAGGUGCCAGAGGAGUUCCGCUUCUCUCCUGCCAAAGACAGCCCGUUCAAAGAUGAGCCAGCAUACAAACCCUCCACUUCCUCUCUUGCCACUGAGAACACCUCAGAUCCCAACUCUGAGGUGAAGCACACUGACCUAUAACUUGUCAGAGAGGAGAAAAGUAGGAAUCUCACAGUAACACUGCCCAUGACCAGCUAGUUAUUGCAGAAAUGCUUGUAAUUUCACAGCAAGGCUAGCAGAUCAUGGAUCAGUCUUUGGGGAAGGACAAAAUCAUAGCAUCAGCAAAAGACCUUUAAAAGGUCCACAAUCUGAAUUUGCACAUAUUUUCUUGCUAUUUGUUCUUUUUUUCAGUGCUAAUAUCCCAACAGGUUGGUUUGUGUGUGCUUUUUCUACGACUAGAAGUGUGUAUGUUUGAUUUGCGACAUCAUGUGUCAGCUGUUUUGAGGAUUCUUGCCUCACUUGAGCGCUUGUGUGUCUGAUUGCUUCCUACCCACUUUGAAACUGAAUGAAGCCUCAGGCUAAAAAUCAUAUGACAGGCCUGGGGUUGAUGCUAUAUGUUCCUCUGGGAUGGGCUGAUGCACACAAGACGAUUCAACGUAGAGUUGUCAAAGAAGAAAAUAAUAAAAUAUUUCAAGAAAAUGCAUUUCAGCCCUGGUCCUUGCAGUAUGUAGUCGUGUUGAUGUCCAUUUCUUUUAACACUGUGAAGACAUUCAGUUUUGGCAGAAAGCCCA